AUGGUCCAUUUUUUCACAGAUGGAGUUGGUUACGUAGAAGAUGGGAGGGAGAUUUUUGAUGAAGACUUAGAAGAUGAUGCUCUUGAUUCUAACAAAAGAAAAAGAAACAUAACUUCCACAAAUGACAAGAAAAAUGUGAAGAAGGCUGUGGUAACAAAACCAAACACUAUUAAAUCUAUGUUUAUGGCCAAUACAGGGAAGAGAAAUACUGAUAAAGCUAUUGACCUGUCCAAGGAUGAUUUGCUAGGAGACAUUCUGCAAGAUCUGAAUGCUGAGCCUGUUCACAUAUCAGCGCUACCAGUUGCAGUGCUAAAAAAGAAGAGACUUUUUGAAACACCUCUGAAUCCUUUUUCUGUGCAGUCUCAAAGUGCAGUGCCCAAGAGAACAUCUGCAAUCCUGAAAACUGUCACGUCUGACAAAAAAGUUUCUGCCAUCAAUUCAUCUCAUUCCAAGUCUUCAGUUUACACAGCAAAAAACGAGGCAGUUGGAGAAGAAAGUGAUGUUCCUGAAAAUAAAAUGCACAUUAUGGAAAAUAGUGAAAUGGUAAAAGUGAAAGAAGAAGAAGUUAGUAAAGAAUAUGAACUGGCUGUAAUGGAUUUUGAUGAUGGAGACUUUGAUGAGUCUAUGGAGGAAAUUGGAGCUGCAAGAGAAAUGGGUGCAGUGCUGAAGGAAGAAGUAAAAUCAGAAGAGAGACCAACACAGGAAUUAGACUCUGUAAAGACAAGUUCGCAUUUAUUAAGCUCGUCCCUCCCUGAUGUUUCCUGUUGGGAUAGUAUUGAUGACAAUGAAGAUGGGCAUUUGUCUUCAGAAAUAAAAGUAGAUUCCAGUCAACUUCCACUAAUAAGUGGUGAAGAUGGGCAGCAGGUUUUUAGGUUUUAUUGGCUGGAUGCUUACGAAGAUCAGUAUAAUCAGCCAGGAGUGGUGUUUCUCUUUGGUAAAGUGUGGAUUGAAUCAGCAAAGUCCUAUGUGAGUUGCUGUGUGACAGUUAAAAAUAUUGAAAGAACAGUGUACCUGCUGCCACGUGAAUCGCGAAUUAAGUUAUCUUCUGACCAAGAGACAGAGAAUCCUGUGACUAUGAUGGAUGUCUAUCAGGAAUUUAAUGAUCGAGUUGCAGAAAAAUACAAGAUCAUGAAGUACAAAUCUAAGAAAGUGGAGAAGAAUUAUGCUUUUGAGAUACCAGAUGUUCCUGCAAAAUCUGAGUACUUAGAGGUUAGAUAUUCGGCUGAAUAUCAGCAACUACCUCAAGAUCUGAAGGGAGAGACAUUUUCUCAUGUAUUUGGAACAAACACUUCAAGUCUAGAACUACUUUUGUUGAGCAGGAAGAUUAAAGGACCAGGCUGGUUGGAAAUAAAAAACCCACAGCUCUCAACCCAGUCUGUCAGCUGGUGUAAGGUAGAAUUAAUGGCCUUGAAACCUGAGCUGGUGAAUGUAGUGAAGGAUCUUCCUCCACCUCCUCUUGUGAUCAUGUCUCUUAGCAUGAAGACAGUUCAGAACACAAAAUCUCAUCAGAAUGAGAUUAUGGCUAUUACAGCUUUGAUACAUCACAAAUUUAGUUUGGACAAAGCACCACCUGAUCCUCCUUUUCAGACCCAUUUCUGUGUUCUUUCCAAACCGAAUGAUUGCAUUUUUCCAUAUAACUUAAAAGAAAUGGUGAAGAAUAAGAAUGCUAAAAUAGAGAUUGCGGCAACAGAGAGGACAUUACUAGGAUUUUUUCUGGCAAAAGUGCAUAAAAUUGAUCCAGAUGUUAUUGUGGGACACAAUAUUUAUGGUUUUGAUCUGGAACUUCUUCUCCAAAGAAUUAACUUUUGCAAGGUUCCACACUGGUCCAAGAUUGGUCGAUUGAGAAGAUCAAACAUGCCAAAGUUGGGGGGUCGUAGUGGAUUUGCUGAAAAGAAUGCAGCUUGUGGUCGCAUGAUCUGUGAUGUAGAAAUUUCAGCAAAGGAACUGAUUCGCUGUAAAAGUUACCAUUUGACUGAACUUGUCAGUCAGAUUUUGAAAAUAGAGAGAGUGACAAUUGCACCAGAGGAGAUAAGAAAUAUGUACAGUGAUUCUCGUCACUUACUUUACAUGCUGGAGAACACAUGGACUGAUGCUAAGAACAUUUUACAAAUAAUGUGUGAGCUGAAUGUUCUUCCACUAGCUCUACAGAUUACAAAUAUUGCUGGCAAUGUUAUGUCAAGGACACUGAUGGGUGGACGAGCUGAACGUAAUGAAUACUUGCUUCUUCAUGCAUUUUAUGAAAAAGAUUUUAUUGUGCCCGAUAAGCAGAUGUUUAAAAAGGCUCAGCACAAGCAGCUAGAAGAAGAUGAAGAUUUUGAAGGUGAUCAGAUAAAAUCCAAAAUAGGGAGGAAAAAGGCAGCUUAUUCUGGAGGUUUAGUUUUGGAGCCGAAAGUUGGUUUUUAUGACAAGUUUAUUUUGCUUCUAGACUUCAAUAGCUUGUACCCUUCAAUUAUUCAGGAGUUCAAUAUCUGUUUUACUACGGUGCAUAGAGUGUCUUCUAAGGGCCACAGAAAGACAGAGGAUGGUGAACAAGAAGAAAUUCCCGAAUUGCCGGAUUCAUCCUUAGAUAUGGGAAUAUUGCCUAAAGAGAUCAGGAAGCUGGUUGAGCGAAGGCGUCAAGUCAAACAGUUGAUGAAACAGCAGGACUUAAAUCCUGAUCUUUACUUACAGUAUGAUAUCAGGCAGAAGGCUUUGAAACUUACAGCAAACAGCAUGUACGGUUGCCUGGGGUUUUCGUACAGCAGAUUUUAUGCAAAACCUCUUGCUGCUUUGGUGACUUUCAAAGGUAGAGAGAUCUUGAUGCAUACUAAGGAGAUGGUAGAGAAGAUGAAUCUGGAAGUAAUUUAUGGUGAUACAGACUCCAUUAUGAUAAACACAAACAUUACCAAUCUGGAAGAAGUCUUUAAACUUGGGAACAAGAUUAAAACUGAAGUGAACAAGCUGUACAAGUUGUUGGAAAUCGAUAUUGAUGGAAUCUUUAAGUCUCUUUUACUGUUAAAAAAGAAGAAAUAUGCUGCUUUGGUUGUAGAGCCCACAGGAGAUGGAAAAUACAUUACCAAGCAAGAACUUAAAGGACUCGACAUAGUACGAAGAGAUUGGUGUGAUCUUGCAAAAGAGACAGGAAACUAUAUAAUUAGCCAGAUUCUUUCUGACCAGUCCCGAGAUGUAAUUGUGGAAAACAUCCAGAGGAGAUUAAUGGAAAUUGGAGAAAAUGUGAUAAAUGGCACUGUUCCUGUAAAAAAAUUUGAAAUCAAUAAGGCAUUGACAAAGGAUCCUCAAGAUUAUCCAGAUAAAAAAAACCUUCCUCAUGUGCAUGUAGCUCUGUGGAUAAAUUCUCAAGAAGGUAGAAAACUGAAGGCUGGAGAUACUGUGUCAUAUGUUAUCUGUCAGGAUGGAUCAAAUCUAAGUGCCAGCCAGAGAGCAUAUGCUCCAGAACAGUUGAAGAAACAAGCAAAUCUUACUAUUGAUACUCAGUACUAUUUGUCACAACAGAUUCAUCCAGUCGUUGCUCGUAUUUGUGAACCCAUAGAUGGAAUUGAUUCUGUCCUCAUUGCAGCAUGGCUUGGGCUGGAUCCCUCACAGUUCAAAGUCUCUCACUAUUAUCAUAAAGAUGAGGAAAAUGGUGAUUUGCUUGGUGGCCCAGUUCAGCUUACAGAUGAAGAGAAAUAUAAAGACUGCGAAAGAUUCAAGUUUGCUUGCCCGAAAUGUGGAACAGAGAAUAUUUAUGAUAGUGUCUUUCAUGGUUCGGGUCUGAUUAUGACAUUCAGUUUGAAAAAAUGUAGCAAAAAAGAAUGUGAUGAAUCCCCUUUGGACUACGAAAUGCAGAUUAACAACAAGCUGAUCUUAGAUAUAAGAGGUUAUAUAAAAAAGUAUUACACUUGUUGGCUGAGAUGCGAAGAGCAGACGUGCCAGUAUCGUACCCGUCGGCUUCCUCUGCGCUUUUCCCGGAAUGGUCCUCUGUGUCCUAUCUGCAAGAAAGCCAUUGUUAAACGAGAGUACUCUGACAAGGCCCUAUUCACCCAGCUAUGCUUUUACCGGUACAUUUUUGAUAUGGACUAUGCAAAGGAGAAACUUACUGCUCAAGAAAAAG